GGGUACUGGGUAGUGUUGCUCAAUCGUUCAUUUCUUUUGGAAUCGUCGUUCGUCUCAGUCCGGUGGUAGUCGCGUCUUCCGCACUUCCACUUGUCGUCAAGUCUUUUUUUUCAUCCUCUUCGAUCUUCUGAAUCGUCGAUCAUGUCUCAUCGUAAAUUUAGUGCUCCUCGGCAUGGUUCUAUGGGUUUCUACCCGAAGAAGCGCGCACGUCGUCACCGUGGUAGAGUAAAGUCCUUCCCCAAGGAUGAUCCCAGCAAGCCAAUCCAUUUAACUGCUUUCAUUGCAUACAAAGCUGGUAUGACUCACGUUGUUCGUGAAGCUGACCGUCCAGGAUCAAAACUCAACAAGAAGGAAAUUGUGGAGCCUGUUACCAUUCUGGAAGCACCUCCCAUGAUCAUUGUUGGUGUUGUAGGUUACGUUGAAACUCCAUAUGGUCUUAAGCCUUUGAAGACAGUGUUUGCUGAACAUUUGUCUGAAGAUUGCCGUCGUCGUUUCUACAAGAACUGGUACAAAUCAAAGAAGAAGGCUUUUGUGAAGUACUCCAGGAAGUGGCAAGAUGAAAAUGGCAAAAGACAGAUUGCCAAAGACCUUGGUAAAAUUGCCAAAUACUCGAAAGUCAUCCGUGUUGUUGCUCACACACAGAUGAAAUUUUUGAAGAAACGUCAAAAGAAAGCUCAUAUUAUGGAAAUCCAAGUUAAUGGAGGUACUGUUGCUGAAAAGGUACAGUGGGCUAAGGAGCAUUUCGAAAAGCCAGUACCUGUGUCUCAUGUAUUUGCUCCUGAUGAGAUGAUUGAUUGUAUUGGUGUCACUAAGGGACGUGGAUACAAAGGUGUUACAUCCCGUUGGCAUACAAAGAAAUUGCCCCGUAAGACACACAAAGGUCUUCGUAAGGUUGCUUGUAUCGGAGCAUGGCAUCCUAGUCGUGUUCAGUUCACUGUUGCUCGUGCUGGUCAAAAAGGUUACCAUCACCGUACUGAAAUCAAUAAGAAGAUAUACCGUAUUGGACUUGGAAUUCAUACCAAGGACGGAAAGGUUAUCAAAAACAAUGCAUCAACUGAGUACGAUCUGACUGAGAAGACCAUCACCCCCAUGGGAGGUUUUCCUCAUUAUGGUGAAGUUAAUAAUGAUUUCUUAAUGAUCAAGGGCUGUUGUGUUGGGCCUAAGAAGCGUGUUAUUACUCUUCGUAAAUCUUUGUUGGUACACACAAAACGUGCUGCUUUGGAAAGUAUCAAUUUGAAAUUCAUCGAUACCUCCUCCAAAUUUGGUCAUGGACGUUUCCAGACUGUUGCCGACAAGGCAGCUUUCAUGGGUCCAUUGAAAAAGGACAGGAUUCGAGAAGAAGAAAAAGCUACAGCGGCUGCAAAAUAAUUGUACAAUUUCAUUAUGUGACAAUUUAUAAUAAAAACCAAAAAAAUCAAAA